CUCUAAAGCCGGACUCGGGCCGCGGAUCGCAACAAGGUUGACGCACCGAGGCAAAAACGAACGAACGACCCCAACCAGGAGAAUGUCUGAACCCAUGUACCGCGAUUGGAUUUUGGACACUAUUGACUCACUGCGGUCGCGAAAAGCCAGACCAGACCUUGAAAGAAUUUGUCGAAUGGUCCGGAGACGACAUGGAUCAGCGCCAGAACAAACCAGCGAGGAACUCGAGAAACUGAUCCAAGAGCAAAUAGUCUUGAAAGUUAACUACAAGGGCUCGAUUUCCUAUCGAAAUGCAGCCAAAGUAGUCAGAAGAAGCAGGAAAAGGGAUGAUCACACGACCAAAAUAACUGCCGUGGAAGAAGCUAACCACUCUGAUUUGAGCAACGGGGACAGCGCGCUCGGUCCCAUUGACCAGGAUGAGACAGAGCAUUUGGAGAAUGAGGUGCCAGUGUCAAUGGAGACAGACAACACCAUGGAAGAGGAGGAAGAACAGGAGGGGGCUGAUGAAGAUGGCCAUGAGGGCUCCUCUCCCUCUCCUGGGGGUGAGGAUGCUGUGCAGGGGGGGUCUGGUGCUGCCCACCCCUACUCUGCCCCCUGCUCCCCCAGCAGCUGUCGCCCUUGCCACAGCCCUGUGUCUGACCGCCCCUCUACCUGCAAGACCAGUAAGAGGUCCAGCCCUCUAUCCCCCUCUAGUCCCCUGGCCCUCAGGCAGAAUGACUGUGUGUGUGACUCUGCCUUCUGCCUUGCUGACCAUGGACCCUCAGGGAUGCAGAGAAACACAGGAACUGGGGCUUUAAAGACAAUAGUACAGCCACCGGGGACCUGUCCAUGGGUUCAGAAGAGCUUGGUGAAGAGAGAGGAUGGGGUGAGGAUGGAGGAGAGUGGCCUCACUUCAGACCAACUGGUUCCUGACUGUGUGGAUGAGACCAUGAAGGGUUCUGACAGACAGCCCAAGACGUUGUCUUUUCCCUCUGACGACUGUGUUAAAUACAAGAAGGGGAUGGACAUUGCCUCUUACGUGAUGGCUCAAGACGAUGUCAAGAACGAUGUGAAAAACAGAGAAAUCUCUGUGAAGAAGGAGACGCUGAGGCAGAACUUAUUACUGUGGAGCGUGGCGGACGUGGCCACCUACAUCUCUGCUGCAGGCUUUCCAGAGCAGGCUGUAGCUUUCAGAACACAGGAAAUUGAUGGAAAGUCCUUGCUCCUGAUGCAGCGCAGUGACGUGUUAACUGGCCUGUCCAUCAGACUUGGGCCCGCCCUAAAGAUCUACGAGCGCCACGUGAAGAUGCUGCAGAGGACCCACUUCCUGGAUGAGGAGGAUGAUCUCUGACCACGGUUGGGGGGAACAGAACAACACACUCCUCUGAGGAGCAGAUGUAUUCAUACAGUAUACACACAUACUGUGUUCACUGGAUCUCUAGAACCUUCUGUAACCAUUCAAGGAGGUUUGGGGAAAAGGACACUGUGGUCGUGACUUGGGCCUUGACAGUGAUUAUCAACAUGUGUACGUGGGCUUCCAUUCCACCUCUGUGUGGUACUGCUGUCACCUGACCCAUUCUGGUGGUAUUGCAUUUAUAGGAUCCCUCUCUAAACUCAUAUAGGAAUGUUAGGAUCCUGCCUAAGGACGCUAUAGAAGUCAAGUGGAGGUCUGCCUGUUCUGUAAGGGGAGGUCUGCCUGUUCUGUAAGGGGAGGUCUGCCUGUUCUGUAAGGGGAGGGCUGCCUGUUCUGUAAGGGGAGGGCUGCCUGUUCUGUAAGGGGAGGGCUGCCUGUUCUGUAAGGGGAGGGCUGCCUGUUCUGUAAGGGGAGGGCUGCCUGUUCUGUAAGGGGAGGGCUGCCUGUUCUGUAAGGGGAGGGCUGCCUGUUCUGUAAGGGGAGGGCUGCCUGUUCUGUAAGGGGAGGGCUGCCUGUUCUGUAAGGGGAGGGCUGCCUGUUCUGUAAGGGGAGGGCUGCCUGUUCUGUAAGGGGAGGGCUGCCUGUUCUGUAAGGGGAGGGCAGCCAGUGAGAAAGACUUUCUCUGCAUUCCUCAGACUCUACACUUGGCUACCACUGGAGCCUACUUUAAAAGACUGGUUUCUGUGCUCCCUGAGUCAGUUCCACAAGAAAAUAAUAACAUGUAUACUUGGAAUAUCUGUUCCAGCAAAUAUGGUUCUUGCAUUUCUUCAUUGUUUACUCAGACAGUAUUUUUUUAAAGACGUCAUAUGGUAUCCUGCAUUUAUCUAGAAACUCAACGUUGUUUUUCUUUUAUGAUGACAAUGUGAACUGAUUUAAUUUGAGAAUGUACAGUAUGAAUUUGUUGAUUCAUCAAGGUCAGUGAUGUUGUCAAUCUCUCAUUAUACCAGCAAAGGAAAUGGAGCUUAGUCUCCAGAUGUUCUCAUGGCUUCACCAGUACUGACCUAGGUUUUAUUACUGUUGUUAUCUGUUUCACUAACAUUUUGAAAUAGCAAUAUGUAGUACCUGCUAAACUAAGGCAACAUAAUAUGUUAUUUGUAUGGUUGUCCUCUGCAUUCCUCUUCCCUUCAUUUAUGUUCACGUCAUUUCUAAACAUUUUAGAUUAAUCUAAUUUAAUCUACUGUGGAUGAACCUAGAUUUCAUCUACAAAAUGAAAACCGUAUGAAGCAGAAUUCUAGUUGAAAUGGGCUGGCAGACCAGAUGUGACCAAUGUUUCUGCCUGCUUCAGCUUGAGGAGAGAGAAACAGCUGAAUUCUGUUCUUCUUCUUUUAAAGGGAAAAUUAACCAACCCAAAAAUUAACUUCAGAACUUUAGGAAGUGUCAUUGUAGCACUAAUACGUUUUCUUUGUUUACAACCUCAACACAGCAACAUACAAUUCCCCACGACAUGGUAGACAUCUUGAUCAAAUUCAACAUUGUUGUUAUCUGAGAGGAUUACAAUGAGGUCUCUUAAUUUUGCCUUGUCGCUUCUGCUUUUGAAACAACGUCACAUUCCAUAUUUCCAUCUGUUACGUGUUUGAUGUCACACUGUUAAUUGCUAUGUUGGCCCUGUUUCCAGUGGGGAAAAUAAAGUUAUUGUCUUUUCCA